AUGCUAUGCAGCAGUUGUUACAAAGAAAUACCAGAAGGUAAAGAAGUCAAAAGAGGAAGUAGUGAAGAGUCAGAAAUUAUUCUGCUAAUCAAAAAAUCUUUCCAGGAAGUUGAAAACUCUCUGCCGAUAGAGGCAAUAAAAAAAAAAUAUUUAGCAAAGGGAGGCAUAAUUUCCCAAAUUUUCCAACAAGCCAAAAUCCAAAAGGGAGAGAAAAAAACUGCCAAUUUUUCUCCUCCGAACAAAGAAAGGGAAGAAGUGGAUAUUUUUUUGCCGGGAAAAAAACUUGCUUUUGCUAAUCUCCAUCCCUUGACCCAAAUUAUUCAAAAAAUUUAUGAUAUUUUUCUUCCCCUCGGCUAUCAAAUUGUUGAAAGUCCGGAAAUUGAAAGCGAAGAAUAUAAUUUUAACAAAUUAAAUAUGCCUCCUGAGCAUCCGGCUCGGGCCAUUCAGGAUACUUUUUAUCUCAACUAUAAUUUAAUUUUACGCACUCAUACUACUAAUGCCCAAAGUCGAAUUCUCUCGGAAAAUCCCAACCAGGAAUUAAAAGUCGUUAGUGCGGGCAAAGUUUAUCGGCGAGAUGAAGAUGAUGCCACUCAUACCCACCAAUUUACCCAAGUUGAUUGUUUUGUAGUCGGCAGAGAUAUUUCUUUCGCUCACUUGAAAGGAACUUUGGAAUUGCUGGCUAGGGAGUUAUUUGGCGAACAACAAAUUAUUCGUUUCCGCCCUUCUUAUUUUCCUUUUACCGAACCAAGUGUAGAGAUAGACGCCGCUUGCGUUCAAUGUCAACAAAAAGGCUGUAAUAUCUGUAAAAAAAGCGGUUGA